UUGUGACCGUUCCUCAAUUCCAGGCACUGAUUCUUUCUUCCUUCCACUUAGCGAAUCUACAAAUAAAUCCUCCUCUUUUUGUCCAAAUGUAAAAAAAACGGCGAUGCUGCUACUUCUCGCCAUGCUGCUCUCGCCACAACUCCUCGCGGUCAGCGCCGGGAGAAACCUCUACACCGCCGAGCUAUCGUCUCCCUCUUCCACUUUCCUGCCCAGGCUCGUCCUUGGCUACGCCAUCUGCGACACCUGCUGGGAGAUGCAAAUCACCGCCAACUCCAUCUCUCUUCCCAGUACGUGCCUCUCUAGCUUUUGCUCGAUCUCCUCUUUUCCAUCCUUGUGUGAUCUGUGCAGACGUUACCGCGGCUGUCGAGUGCUUCGAUGCCGGCGGCCGGAUCAUCUUCAGAGAGACAAGCAGCACCGACAACACGGGAGCCUUCAGGGUGGAGCUCCCGUUCCAGAUCGCCGACUCGGUCAGCAUGCUCUCGACAUGCACGAGCCGAGUUGUGAGGGGGCCGCUCAAUCACCUCUGCACGUAUCCCUUGGCCCACGCUUACAACCCCUUCCUGUCUCCACGCUCGUUGCCAGAUGGACGGCAAGUCUAUGGAGUCGGGCCCUUCGUGUUUCGUCCCCGAGCAAAGCUCCCGCAUUGCAGUGGCGAUCGCAGGCAGCAGCAGCCGCAGCUCGUCAGUAGAGCAGUUUCAUUGCAGCCGCAGACGCAAUCGUCAAUCUCUUCGCCUUCCUCGUCAGUUUUACAGUCACCUUCCUCGACUGCUACUACUCUUUCCAAUCCAUCGUCUGCAUCGAGCGCUUCCAACACUGGAAGCGGUGGUCUCCAGGUCAACCUCUCCCUGCAAAUCAGCACUUCCUCUUCUCCCAGUUCUUAUAUCAACUCUUCAUCGUCCUGUCCAUCCCCUUCGUCAUCUCCAUCUCCAGGACUUCCAACCUUCCCAUUUCCACUGUUUCCAUUCCCGACUAUUCCCAGUAUUCCUUUCCCGUACGUUCCAACCAUUCCUUUCCCAAGCGCUCCCAGUCCCACCAGUAUUCCUUUUCCGACCAUUCCUUUUCCGACCAUUCCCCCAAUAACCAUCACUCCGGUACCAAUUCCUACCACUCCACAAGCACCAGCUGCUUACCCGGCUCCAUCGAAAUCGCCAUCGCCUCUAUCAUUUACUCCACCAAGUCCUGCUCCCUAUCCUACACCGUCCCCGGCACGCUAGGACACCAUCCUGGUUGGAGUUUUUGUACAGAAAAGUAAGAUAUACGUACACUGUAGGAAGGAACUGUAUUUCAGAACCAGAGCGAAUGAUUAAGUACGCCUUUCCUUGAUCGAUGAUCA